UCCCAUCUGUCAAGGUACUAGUCCACGCGGUCCUAAGCGUACAAUAAAAGAGUUGCAGCCGCAGUGCUCACUGGACUAAAUUUAGUUGCGCGAUCGAUUUAACGUCCUUCAAAACAUGCCGAAUUGUUCUGUUUUCUGCUGCAAAAAGAGAUCUGCCACGUCAAAUUUACAAAAAGAUGGCGUUACCUUUCAUAUGUUUCCUAAAGAUCCACAUUUAAGAGAUAUAUGGAAAAAAUUUUGUAAUAACAGACUAACCUGGACGCCCACAAGAAAUAGUGUCAUUUGCUCAAAUCAUUUCAAUACCUCUGACUUUCAAGUGUUGGCGAACAAUAGAAGGAAAUUAGUCGAAGGCGCUAAACCAACUCUAACGCCACACUGUGUUUGUCCCAGUCAUCAGCAACCAUCCACACUAGCAGAUGACAGACUAUCAUCUUAUGAUGACACUAGUGCCACGCUCACUAUUCCUGAUUCGUUGACAUCAGCGUGUACAUCGUCAACUCCUCAAAAUGCUCAGUCAAAAGAAACAUCUAAAAUAUAUAGUUCGAUUCCCACUGUUGUACUUACACUAAGAAAAAGGAAAAUGCAGGAAAAGAUAAACAGUCAGAGAAAAAAAAUUAAAAGGCUCCAAGCUAAAAUUCUUUACUUAAAGAAGAAAGUUGCUGGGUUAGAAGAAAUUCUUCAGAGUCUGAAUGAAAAACCGUUGAUAGAUGAAGAAUAAAAGAUGGUUAUGAAAAAAAACCCCACUAAAUGUAUUCAUCAUAUUUAUAGGAAACUAAUCCAUUAAAAUGUGAUAUAUUAUAUGUAA